AUGGAGGCUCUAACUGUUGCAGAAAUGAUUGUCGAACAAUUCAUUACUAGGUUUGGUGUGCCAGAAGUUAUACAUAGUGAUCAAGGUAGACAGUAUGAAAGCCGACUAUUUAAAGAACUUUGUAACAUUCUUGGUAUUCACAGGACUAGAACUACGGCCUUCCACCCGAAAUCGGAUGGAAUGGUCGAACGUUUUAACAAGACAUUGGCCACUAUGUUAACUGCAUAUGUUGCAGACCAUCAACAUGAUUGGGACAAACAUUUACCAUAUGUGUUGAUGGCCUACCGGUCUGCGGUACAUGAAAGCACAGGAUACACCCCUAACAUGCUCAUGCUUGGGAGAGAAGUUUCAACCCCUUUAGAUACUAUGUAUGAACUGCCUAUAGAUCGUGAAAGGACCACGGUACACGAAUAUGCAUGGAAUAGAAGUAUAGGGAAGUCUCCAAAACUAAUGAACUUUUGGUAUUGUCCUUAUGUUAUUGUUGAGAAACAUACAAAUUUAACCUACAAGGUGCAGAAAGUGGGUGAAAAGAAAACCAUGGUCAUCCACAUUGACAGGUUAAGACACUAUGGAUGUCAGAGACUUAGUUUUGAAACAGAUGUACCAAGUGAUGAUGAAUCUGGUCAAACAGCAGAAGAAACAAUCAUGCCUUUGACUAAAGUUACCCCUAGGAAGCCCGGCCUUCUAUGUUCCAUUUGCCUUUGUCGCCUCCCUUCACAAGAGUAA